UAUAGUGGUAGCUGGGAAAGAGACCUGCCAAAUGUUAGAAGUCAAUUUUCUUAAUGGUAUGGUUUGAGUUUAAGAAGAAUUCAACGUGCAAGAAAAGAAUGGAAUUAUGAUGAAUCAUAAUAUUAGGUAAACACCUACCCCUGAAAAAGCCUAGUUGUUUGUAAUUGUGGUAGAACAAUCAAGACAAACUAAGGUAUGAUGUAACCCUCAUUCCAAAGGCUUCUUAGCGGACCAACGAAUCAAUUCAUUGAUUCCUCUUUGUAGUAUACUCAUGCAUUUAUUUAUUAUUAUUACAAAAAAAAAAAAGAUUCAUAUAUCAUCCACGUUUUCUUUUAUUGACUUUUCAUCACUAAAAGUUGAGGUUUGUCCCAAAUAGUACCUUUGUUUCAUGUCAGGACAGGUAUGCAUGGUGAUGCGGAUUAAUCUAGAUUGCCCUUCUUGUUGCAGGAAAAUGAGAAGAAUCAUUCUCCGAAUGAAAGAAAUAGAGAUGCACCUGAUAGAGAAGCAAGAGAAGAGAGUAAGCAUAGUCGGGCGGUUCGAUCCGGCAGAUAUAGCCAUAAGAAUCAGGAAAAAAAUGAACCGGAGAGUAGAGAUUUUGGACAUUCAAUUACCCGGAAAUGGUGAUGGACAGGCUGAGGAGAUGCAUCAUGCCCCAGAUGGCCCUGAUCACUCCAUUAUGCAACAUGCCUAGGCUUUCAAGGAAAUUCCGUUUCAUGCCAAGUAAUAUAUACUAGUAGUUAAAAUAACACAAUCAGAGAAAGACAUGCUCAUUACAGAUUUGACACUUCUGAUGGAUGGGCAGGUGAACUCUGCACCUUGUACAGCGGAUGCUCUUAUAUUGAAGUAUUCCAAUUGUUUAGCUACAUGUGUUUAGUAAAACUAAUUUGUUGGUUUAUGCUUGUACGGGAGAACUACGGCCCUCUUUGUAUACAAUACCAAAUUAAUGUAUGUUUAUGUACAUAGUGUUGUUGUCUUUUAAACAACUUCAAGUUAGUUCA